UUUGAGGGAGUAUCUCAGAAGGAGCUUCACAGUCACUGCUUCAAACAUAACAAGAAGCCACAACCACAAGCACAAUACACAUACUGUACACCACAAAGGUACAAAGUCCACUGCAACUAUGGCUGACGAGGAAGUUGAUCAGGUUGAGGUGGUGGAAGUAGAGGUGGCUCCCGAGGCUGCCCCAGAGGCCGAGGCCGAGGCGGCACCAGAACCUGAGCCCGAGCCCGAGGCAGAGCCCGAGCCUGAACCCGAGCCCGAGCCCGAGGCAGCCCCCGAGCCAGAACCGGAACCCGAGCCGGAGCCCGAGCCGGAACCCGUGGCUGAGCCUGAGCCCGAGCCCGAGCCCGAGCCCGAGCCCGAGGCCGAGGCAGAGGAAGAAGAGAAGCCAAAGUUCAAGCCUACGGCUCCCAGGAUCCCCGAUGGCGAGAAAGUGGACUUUGAUGACAUCCAGAAGAAGCGUCAGAACAAGGACCUGAUGGAGCUGCAGGGCUUGAUCGACGCUCACUUCGAGCUGAGGAAGAAGGAGGAGGAGGAGCUCAUCGCCCUCAAGGAGAGAAUUGAGAAGCGCAGAGCUGAGAGGGCAGAGCAGCAGAGGAUCCAGGCUGAGAAGGAGAAGGAGCGCCAGGCUAGACGUGAGGAAGAGAAGCAGAGGAAGGCUGAGGCAGAUGCCAAGAAGAAGGCCGAUGAGGAGGACAAGAAGAAGUCUGCUCUGUCGAGCUUGGGUGGCGGCUACAGCAGCCACUUGCAGAAGGCCGACCAGAAGAGAGGCAAGAAACAGACAGAGAGAGAAAAGAAGAAGAAGAUCCUGGCUGAUAGACGCAAGCCUCUCAAUAUUGACCAUCUCAACGAGGACAAACUCAAGGAGAAGAUCAAGGAGUUCUACGACUGGCUGAAAUCGCUGGAGGGUGAGAAGUUCGAUCACUUGGAGAAGCUGAAGAGACAGAAGUAUGAUGUCACAACACUCCGCAAGAGAGUGGAGGAGCUCAGCAAAUUCAGCAAAAAGGGAGCCCGCCUCAGGAAGUAGACGGCAGCAGCCACGCCAGGAUCCUCCGCCGCCGCCGCCACAUCUUCUCCUACCACAGCUUGAUGCACGGAAAAGAAAUGUCAUACCUUGCAAUGUCCCCUCUUUCUCUUUGUGCUGUCCUGCAACGUGUCCCACAGGUUGCGGUCAAAGAGAAACACAUCCUCCAAGGCUACUUUCCCAUAGGCAGUUCUGAAGCAUUUUUCGUGUAAAUAAAGUGUCACACUCCA